AUGUACGGUCAUCAAACCGCCACGACGCUGACGGCGACUUCUUUGCCCACUUCUCCUCAGCUUCCCUCUUUUCUUCUCUUUUCUCCUCUACCUCAAUACUCAGCGUCUCCCGCCCAAACCGCGCCCCGUGCAGGUCAUGGUACGCCUCGUCCGCGUCCCGUGAGUCCUCAUACUCAACAAACGCAAACCUAUUGCCUCAGAACACCCCUCCAGCUCUAUAUACCUACGGCCGCGCGCCCAGUUUCCGCGGUACUGGGAUACGGGUCUAUUAGACGUGUUUUUGCACUGUUUUUUGCAAAAACACUGCCUAUACGGCCUACUUUUCAAACUUGUGCGCGAGGUCCUUUGCACGGACGUCGCUCGAAAACCCAAGAGGUGAGAGUGAUUUUUGUGUGGGGUAACGGCAACGGAGGACGGGAGAACGGAGAAGAGAGAAAGAGGAAGAAAAGAGGGAGAAGAGGCGGAAAAACGACGGACGGGAUCUGGACGGCAUUUACACAAGGGCUGGGUGGCGCUUGGGCGGCGUUUGGGGGGAAAACAGGGGCAGAGAACGAAAGAAGCGAAAAAAGAGGAGAAGAAGGGGAAAAAAAGGGAAUUGAGGGCGAAGGAGGGGAGAAAAGAGGGAAAAGACCAGUGGAGAUAGAAGAGGGAAGGCAGGAGGAGGGGGAAGAGUGUUUUUUUCCGGGAGAAAAGGGGGGAAACGGGAGAUCAGGGGGCAAAAAAGAAGGAGAGAAGAUGGAGGGGGAAAAAGAGGAAAAAGAGGGAGAAAAAGGGACUGGAAGAGACUGGGAGGGAGUGGCAGAGGCAGCAGGAGAGAUGGACGUGGCGCAGGAGGGCCUGGAGGGGGAAGGAGGGGCGGAAGAAGGGGCAGUGGGGGUGGAGAGGCUGCGGGUGCUGAAAAACGAGGUGAUUGGGUAUCCAGAGCGGAAAAAGCAGCUUCUGGAGCAGGGAGUGCUUGGGGUGCUUGGGAAGGUGCUGGAGAGGGGCGAGGAAGCGGCAAAAAUCGAGGCAAUUAUAGUGCUGCGGUCGCUUGCACAGGGAGGAGAAAAAUAUGCAACGUGUAUCUGCAGAUCGGGGAUUGUGGACCAGCUGUUUGGAUUUGUUGUGGAAGGGACAGAAAAGCUGAUGACGGUGUCUCUCAAGGCACUGGUGACAACGCUGAGAGGAGCAGCGGGGGUUCUGGGUGGAUUGGAGGCGUUGGGGGUGCAGGGGAUACCGCAGGAGGCAGUAGAUCGGUUUGUGAGUAUUCUUAGGGGGUGGAGGAGGGAGGAAUUUUGGCAAAAAGGAUAUGAACAGGCAUCGUUGGCAGCACAUAUCAUUGCGGUGUGUGCAGGAGCAGGAGAGCAGAAAAAUGAGCUUGGGGGAUGGGGUAUUCUAGAAAUAUUGGUAGAGAUUGUGUGGGAGAUUGGGGAUCGGUCGAAGAAGAAGACAGAGGAGCGUUUUUACAGCACAAAACUAUUAGAUGCAGCGCUGCAGGCGCUAUCAUCACUUAGCCACAAGCAGGAUAUGUAUGGAUCGCAGAUAGCAGCGUCAUACAGGCAGCCAGGAAGCAAUAUAAAUGAGGGAUACCCGAUGAUCAGCAAACUUUUGAAGCUUGUGAAGGAUGUAGAGACGCCUAUCCGUUUGGGGGCAUCAGGAUGUCUGGCAAACAUGUAUAGGAGUGGAGCGAUUCCAAAAAGAUACAUAAAUGAGCUAGAAUAUACAGUGAUUCCAAUUUUGGUUCGAUUACUUGAUGAAGAGGAACGUGUGAGGGAGAGAGCACUGGCAAUUUUGGCAUAUCUGGUAACAGACAACGAUGAAAUGCAGAGGGCAGCGUGUGAUGCAGAUGUGAUAAAGAAGCUGGCAGGCAUUCUACACCAUAUAAACAACAGCCCGUUUCAGGAAGAGACGGGAAGCACAAAUGACAAGAUUGUUGAGGCAGUCUUUCUUGCAAUAGCGGCUUUGACAUUGUUCAAGGAUGAUUAUCGGAAACAAGUGAUUAAUGCAAAGAUUGUUCCCUAUAUUGUGUUGGCAUUGUCGCACCGGUCGGCAGGGGUGCGUGUAGCAGCAUGCCAAUGCACAAGAAGCCUAUCACGAAGCGUUUGUGUUCUUAGAAGUAACUUGGUGGAUGCAGGGAUUACGGAUCCCUUGUUUGUAUUGUUAACGGAUGAUGAUUUGAAAGUAAAGACAGCAGCGUGUGCAGCUGUUUGUAAUUUAGUGUUGGAUUUUUCCCCAAUGCGCUCGGCUAUCAUGGAAAAGGGAGCACUUAAGAUUAUGUGCGAACAUGCUAAAAAUGAGAAUUCGGCAUUAAGGUUGAAUGCAGUAUGGGCAUUAAAGCAUAUUGUUUAUGCAGCCGAGACAGAGAUUAAGAAAAAUGUGUUAAAAGAACUGGGUUAUAAUGCACUUAUAAAAUUAUGUGAUGAUUCUGAAAUUGGUGUUCAGGAACAGGCCUUGGAUGUCAUUAGAAAUGUUAUAUGUGGUCAACAAGAAAAUAUUGAUUUAUUAUUGAACAAUAUAGGGACCUCUCAAAUCAUAUCUAUUAUAAAGGGAAAACUUGCUUCGGGCUUUACCGAGAUUAUAACUGCUGCAAUAUAUAUAUGUGUUCAUAUUGCAUCUGGCAGUGAUAUACAUAGAAAUAUUAUUAUAGAAGAAAAUGAAAUUCUACAGUUAAUUUUAAAACAUAUAGGACAUACGAGCUUUGAAGUCCGUUUAGGGUGUUUAUGGGUAUUAAUAAACCUCACAUGGAGCGACGAUAAUUCUGAUAAGGUUAUGAAAGAACAUCGAAAUCAAGUCCUCAAGGAUAUAGGUUUUUUAGAAAAAUUGAAACUUAUGCAAAAUGAUUCCUCUUCUGAUAUUCGUGAAAGAGUUAAAACUGCAUUGUCUCAACUCGAAUGAAAUGUUAUAUUUCUACACUAUCACUCUAUGAAAUAAAUAAUUUGUGAAUUGGAAACGUAUUUAC